GACACUGUGUGGCCGUUAUUAUAGGCCUACACCACUUUAGCUUCCUACAUGGCGAACAAAGGAUCGAAGAAGUCUGCCAUAACUUCACCGGCUCAGGUGUGCUACGAGAGGAUCAUUCCUCAAGAGUCUCACUUCUAUCAGGCCAGAAAGACCCCUUCAGAUACAGGUGAUCCAGUGUGUCCCCUGCCACUUGAUGCUGUUAGUUUCACCACUAAACUGUGGAGGAAGCUAGACCUGAAGGUCUACUUCCUGAAGCCCCACCCACAGCAGGCGGAGAUUCUCCAGUGGGCUGCAGAGUGGAGCAGACACUGUGCCAUCAUCUUCUACCACACCACGCAGGCCAGGGACAGCGACAUCAGAGUCGAUUUCAAUGAGGGUCAGGGGUCAUGGUCUUACCUGGGUACGGACGCCACUCGUGUCCCCAAAGAGAGCUUCACCAUGAACCUGGGGUUUGUGGACCGCUCCACUGUCAUGCAUGAGUUUGGCCACUCCCUGGGACUCAUCCACGAGCACCAGAGCCCUUUCCCUGGAGGCUUCGAGUGGAACAGAGAGAAUGUGAUAAGGGACCUGUCUGGACCACCCAACUACUGGGACCUUGAUCGGAUCGAGAACAACAUGUUCCGUCGCUACAAGAGAUCUGAUCUCGACGGCUCUCUCUAUGACCCACACAGCAUCAUGCACUACAGUUUCCCCCGGGAGUGGAUCAAGGGAGACGAGUACCCGGCAGGAAUCGACAGGAACAUGGAGCUGUCUCCCCGUGACAAGGAACAUGUCAGACGGCUGUACGGCCCUCCCAGAGUGUCCCCUGGCAACAAGUCCCUCCCUCCUCCCAUCCCCACCCAACCCCAGAAGAGAGCAGGAGGUGGGAGGGGUCGGACCACCACAGUGGUUCCAGUCUACCCCACCAUGCCAGAGGCUAGGACCAAACCAGUCACUCACCUUCCUCCUCCUCGCACUGACAAGAUCUAUGACAUCCAUGUCUAUGAGCCAAACAAAGGAGAGCUGUCUGGACCGGGAGCAGAGCUGCUGGUGAGGUUCCACACAUCGACCGAGAACAGGGCUCGCUACACCAUCCAGACCCUGGGAGACACCGACAUGAUAGUGGCUCUUCUGGGACCUGACGACUACACCAAUGUCAUCACUGUGAAUGACGAUGGAGCAGGAGACGGACGGAACGCUCUGAUAGUGGAGAGACUGAUGCCUGAUAGAGAUUACUAUGUUCAGUUCCAGACGUUCCACCCUCAGGGUGGCAAAUUUGAAUUUGUUAUCACCGCUUGGUGACAUCCACUUUCUCUCAUAACUUAUCAGUAAUCCUUUUUGCUAAUAUUAUUAUUCCCGACUG